AUGCUUCAGCGAGCAUGGACAGUCAGCUACGGCGAGCUCGUCGGCUUGCUUUUGCUUACUCCAGUUCACGUCCUAAUGGUAGUGAUCCUGCUGGGGGCCGGCAUGGCCAUGUUAUGGCGAGCACGCAGACCACGGGACGUGUACCUCGUGGACUACGGCUGCUUCCUGGGCGAGCCGCACCACAGGAUCACCUUCGCGAUGGCCGUGGAGCACGCGCACCUCAUGACCUCCCUCAUCGACAAUGAGAGCGCCAGCUUCAUGGUUCGGCUGUACGAGCGGUCCGGGAUCGGCGAGGAGACCAGCGUGCCGGAUUCCUUUCGUUACAUGCCCCCCGAGCAAGGCAUCGAGGCAUCCCGCGAGGAAGCCGAGCUGGUCAUCUUCUCCGCAGUCGACAAGGCGCUCGCCAGGGCCGCCCUGAACCCCGACGGCAUUGACGCGCUCGUCGUCGCCUGCAGCUUCACCACGCUGACGCCGGUGUUCGCCGACGCCAUCGUGAACAGGUACAAGCUCCGCGCCGACGUGCAGAGCGUGAACCUGUCGGGGAUGGGGUGCAGCGGGGCUCUCAUCUGCAUCGGCCUCGCCAAGAGCCUCCUGCAGGUGGCACCGCCCGGGAGGCGCGUCCUGAUCGUGGCCACCGAGAUCCUGUCGUCGAUGUUCUACGCCGGGACCAAGCGCGAGAUGCUCGUGCCCAACGUGCUCUUCCGGAUGGGCGCCGCCGCCAUGAUCAUGUCCAACUCGCCGGAGCGCGCCCGCUUCCGGCUCGGCCCUGUCGUGCGCACGCUGACCGCUGCGCAGGACAGGGACUACCGGUGCGCGUUCCAGGAGGAGGACGACGAGGGGGUCACGGGCAUCAAUCUCUCCAAGGACCUGCCCGCCGUCGCCGCGAACGCGCUCAGGAGGAACAUCACCGCCUUGGCUCCGGCCGUCCUGCCCGCGUCCGAGCUCCUCCGGGUGGCCUUCUCCUUCCUCGGGCACAGGUUCCUGGGCGGGCGCGCGGAGGAGAGGUGCUACCGCCCGGCCUUCCACAAGGUGUUCCAGCACUUCUGCAUCCACCCGGGCGGGCGCAGGGUGCUCGACGAGGUGCAGCGGGGCCUCGGCCUCUCCGACGGCGACAUGGAGGCGUCGCGCAUGACGCUGCACCGGUUCGGGAACAUGGCGAGCAGCUCGUUGCUGUACGAGCUCGCCUACAUCGAGGCCAAGCGCCGGAUGAGCAAGGGUGACCGGGUGUGCAUGAUCUCCUUCAGCCCCGGGAUAGACUGCAGCAGCGUCGUGUGGGAGUGCAUCAAGCCGGCGGCGGACCCCGAAAACGGACCGUGGGCUGGCUGCAUCCACCGCUACCCUGUCAAGCUCCACCGCCAGAUUCUCAAAAGGACACAUGAGCAGCAGGAGCAUCACAUGCGUCCAAUCAAGAACUGA